AUGCGAGACGGCAAAAACAAAGGAGUUCCUAUGGCCAAGCGACAGAAAACGAGUGACACACGAACUCCUGUUACCCAAGAUAAACCGGCUCCCUUAAACGAUCAGCCUUGCGCCGCCGACAGCAGUCAUACACCCAACGGUAGCGAGGUGAUCGCACGCGCAGCGAUAUCGCCGUCUCCUCCCAUCAUAUUUUCGGAGAAGGAGUUGAUUCCGUCUACCUCAACUACCGUGAAGGGACUGGGUGCCUCAUCGUAUUGCUCUUUCCCUCGCAAGCUUCCACAAGGCCCGGGAGUCGUUGCUUACAAGAGGCACAUGAACUAUUUCAAAGUUCUCCUCAGAACCCCUGGCUCACUUGGCUUGGCUACAUUUGGCCUUGGGCUUCCUGGCGACCUAAUAGGACGCCUUGACGAAGACAACCUGAAAUUCGUCUACGCCAGGACAUCGUCCGAGAACACACGUCAUACUUUGCAGAUGAAGCUAUAUAGCCAACCUUGUCUGUCUCUCAUCGAACCUGCCUCAAAGAGCUUCCUCGACUUGGGCGCGGGGAGCGGCGUCUGGGCCUCUGACGAGCCUACGCCUAUGCCACCGAACCUUCACUUCGUCGACAUGAAUAUUGUCCAUGGCCCUCCGGUCGGAUCUCGAGCCACAUCGGACGACCUGGUGGACAUGAUACGGGUCAGCCACGCUAUCGCUCAAGUCACAGACCGGAACUAUCUCCUUGAUACUUGCUACUCGGCCCUCAACAACGGGGGUUAUCUAGAAAUUCAAGCCUUCGAACCCAUAGUCCGGAAGCGAGACGAGCCGGAGAACUUUGAUCAUCCACUGAAUAUUUUCUUCCGACUUCUCUGCAAGGAGACUCUGCCGGAUCUCAAGGCUGUUCAUCCUGUGGAGGACCUGGUAGAUGCGCUAGGUACCGCUGGUUUCACCGAAGUUGAAGUCAUGACCCAAUUGGUACCUAUUGGCCAACAACAGGAUAUGAGCUGGUUGAAGAGAAAAGUGGCCGGAGCUCUCUUUCGCCAGGUCCUUCACAGUUACAUCUCUCACAUUGACCGCACCAAGUUCACCCUUCGUGGUCUCAACGAUGAACAGAUCGAUGCCCUGAUUCAAAUGACCAGAUACGCUAUCAACGCCAAAGACAACCGGUAUUAUAUGCGCCUGGUCUUCGUGUCGGGCAAGAAGGAAUCUCGUGACUACGAUGAUGGGACCACAAAGUUGGAGUCCAGUUCCGAAGCAAAUGAAUCUGUAGAACUGGUAAUCGGUGGAGGCCCUGAUUUUUCCAGAACGGAUCCCGAAAGCCCCCUUUGA